UCCUUUCCAGCCGCCUUGAGAUGUUCGCCCUCUUCCUGCUCCCUCUCCUUUGCCCGGCUUUGGCAUCAUCAUCAUCAUCCUCUACCACAUCCCAGAGAACCUUUGGAAUUGAUUAUGGCCGCAACUGUUUCCUCAAAGAUGGGCAACCGUUCCGUUACAUCUCGGGCAGCAUCCAUUAUUCCCGUAUUCCCCGGUACUAUUGGAAAGACCGCCUCUUGAAAAUGAAAAUGGCUGGCCUUGAUGCCAUUCAGACAUAUGUGCCAUGGAAUUUUCAUGAACCUGAGCGAGGCGUGUACAAUUUCACAGGCGACCGAGAUCUUGAAUAUUUCCUGCAGCUUGCUCAGGAGGUUGGCUUGUUGGUCAUACUACGAGCAGGACCUUAUAUUUGUGCUGAAUGGGACAUGGGGGGCUUACCUGCCUGGUUAUUAGAAAAGGAAUCUAUUGUGCUUAGAUCUUCUGAUCCAGAUUAUUUGACAGCCGUAGGAAGCUGGAUGGGGAUUUUCCUACCAAAGAUGAAGCCUCACCUUUAUCAGAAUGAAGGUCCAAUUAUUAUGGUGCAGGUUGAAAAUGAAUAUGGAAGUUACUUUGCCUGUGACUUUGAUUACCUUCGUUACCUACAAAAUCUUUUUCGGCAGUUCCUCGGGGAUGAAGUUGUUCUAUUUACCACAGACGGUGCAAGCACGAUUUUCCUGCGAUGUGGAGCUCUUCAAGGUCUUUAUUCAACUGUGGAUUUUGGACCGGGUGGAAACGUGACAGCGGCAUUUUCAAUACAGAGACACAGCGAGCCUAAAGGCCCUUUGGUCAAUUCAGAGUUCUACACUGGCUGGUUGGAUCAUUGGGGUCACCGUCACAUCACUGUGCCAGCGUCAAUUGUAGCUAAAAGUCUUAGCGAGAUCCUGGCGAGUGGUGCUAAUGUGAACAUGUACAUGUUCAUAGGAGGGACUAAUUUUGGCUAUUGGAAUGGAGCAAACAUGCCUUAUAUGCCACAGCCUACUAGCUAUGAUUACGAUGCUCCACUGAGUGAAGCAGGAGACCUUACAGAGAAAUAUUUUGCUAUCAGAGAGGUCAUUGGUAUGUUCAAGAAAUUACCAGAGGGCCCUAUUCCUCCAACAACCCCCAAGUUUGCCUAUGGCCGUGUUCCACUGGUGAAGGUGGGUGCAGUGAGGGACCUUCUCAAGGACUUGUCACCAUCAGGACCAGUAAAAUCCACCUACCCUUUACCAUUUGUUCAACUGAAGCAGUACUUUGGAUAUGUAUUAUACAGGACCAAGUUACCAAGAAACUGUACUGAGGAAGCUCCUCUAUCAUCAAUAUUUGAUGGAAUUCAUGACCGUGCCUAUGUCUCUGUGGACGGGGUUCCUCAGGGAAUUCUUGAAAGAAGCGGUCAAAAACAGCUGAAUAUAACAGGGAAUGCUGGAGCAGAUUUGGAUUUGUUGGUGGAAAACAUGGGCCGGGUAAAUUUUGGAAGAUUCAACAAUGACUUCAAGGGCCUGGUUUAUAAUGUUACUCUUGGUGACGAAAUACUCACUGACUGGGAAAUAUAUCCAUUGGACAUUGACCGUGCAGUAGCUGAAGGCCUGGAGAAUGGCACGUCUGGAGGGAAUGCGUCAAGCUAUGAAGUGCCUGCUUUUUAUAUUGGUAGCUUUUCCAUUCCUGGUGGAAUCCCUGACUUGCCACAAGACACCUACUUAACAUUUCCUGGUUGGACGAAGGGACAAGUCUGGAUCAAUGGCUUUAACCUGGGACGCUACUGGCCAGUCCGUGGCCCUCAGCUAACACUGUUUGUUCCAAGCAACAUUCUUGUUGCGUCGGCUCCAAACAAUAUCACAGUUUUGGAACUGGAGGAGUCCCCACACGCCAGCCAGAAAUAUCUGGUUGAGUUUGUAGACAAGCCUGUUCUCAACGCAUCUCUUCACUAUGACAGUAGCACUGAGAAGCUGUUCACUAGAGAAUUAUGGAUGAAUUAUGUAUGAUUAUGCUGCAGUACCUCUAUAUAUCUCAUUUUUUAUUCGAUAGACUCUUCUCGUUUUUUUUUACACUCACAGUUGGGAUCAGAUGGUAUCAGUGUUUUCAAAAUUAAGUGUGGAGAAUUUAUCAAAUCAGUGUAAUGUAUCAACUAGUAUUAUCUAUCUUCGAUGAAAUUUUCUAUGAAAUAUUUGUGUUUGUAAUGAGCAAGAAAAGAAUAUGAUUUCCUGAGUGCCAAUUAGUUUUCAGCAAAACCAUUAAAUGAAUAGCAGUCUGUUAAAGAGAAUCGACUUCUAUUUCAGCUUAACUCUGUAUUCCUCUUUUUCCGGGUGCUUUCAUAUUCAGGCCCAGAUUGUGAAGAUUUAUAGCUUGAUGGAAGAUGUUAAAGUCUGAACAGCUUUUAGUGCAUGAAAAUUCAGUAAAUAUUUAAGUCACCAGCUUGUUUAAAUCUCAGGGACAAAGGAAGCAGCCAAACUAGCCGUGACGCUAGCAAUUUGGCUGCUCACUUCGCAGCGAAUCCCACUGUUUGUUCAUUCUGUUGUUUACAGGAUUGGGCAGGUGGACAAGAGCUACCUGACUGCUCACUAAUCUGUAAAGCAGGCCAUUGCCUUGCUGUAUGAGCAACUAACAGCUUACACAAGGGGCUAUUGAACACCUCUUUACAAAAAGUUCUAAAAACAGCAGCCGCCAAAAGCAUUUUAACCUACGAGCCAUUAAAGAAGCCAUUUUAACAGCUGUAAAAAUGACAUUUCAACUAGUUUGGAAAUUUUUGUCAUAUUUUAAAAGAAUUGUCCUUUGUGGCCUUCUAUUGUCUGGAAAUGAAUGCAAAAUUGCAACCAUUGCAGUAUAACGUAUGUGAAAACAUUCCUUCAAUGCAGUGGUUUUCAACCUGUGGAUCCCCAGGUGUUUUGGCCUACAACAGUUUACCAGCUGUUGGGAUUUCUGGGAGUUGAAGGCCAAAAUAUCUGGGGACCUACAGGUUGAGAACCACUGCUUUAAUGGAUGCUAAUUUGAAAGUGAUUGUGUGGAUCUGUUAUCAUCCUUUGAUAGCAUCUUUGGCCAUGCUUUGAGAAUCCUAAAUCAUAGAAUGCAAUGUAAUGAUCUCCCUCUCUCUCCUUCUCUCCCUCUCUUUUCUCUCUCUCUCUCUUUCUGCUUAUUCAGUACUGUGAUUUGAAGAAGAGAGAUUAUUCUUCUCUUCUUCUAGAGGCUUAUAUGUAAUGGAUGUCUGGAAAAGAUAUAAUUUUGACAGAUUUUGGAUCUAAUGCUGCAUGUAUGCACAGCGUUAGACUCCAAUGCUCUUUGAUUCAUAGAGUGGGCUUGGUGUUUGCCAUAGUUUGGCUCCAGAGUUCCUUGUGGAUACCAAAGCCUGUGGAUAUUAGAGUCCCAUUAUAUAUGGUAUAGUAAAAUGGCAUCCCUUAUCUAAAACUGCAAAAUUAAGGUUUGUUUUUAGGAUUUUUAAAUAAUUUAAUCCAUGGAUGAUUGAAUCUAUGGAUGCAGAAUCUAUGGAUUUAUUUAUUUUUUUUUUGUCGUGUCAGGAGCGACCUGAGAAACUGCAAGUCCCUUCUGGUGUGAAAGAAUUGGCCGUCUGCAAGGACGUUGCCCAGGGGACGCCCGGAUGAUUUGAUGUUUUAUCAUCCUUGUGGGAGGCUUCUCUCAUGUCCACGCAUGAGGAGCUGGAGCUGAUAGGGGGAGCCCAUCCGCCUCUCCUCAGAUUUGAACCUGCGACCUGUCGGUCUUAACCCACUGCGCCACUGGGGGCUCCAAAUCUAUGGAUAUGAAGGACCCACUGUAUAUUGUUUGAUACUUCAUCCUUUUGUCAAGGAGCUCAUGGAAGCUAACUGGUGUUUACAUUAUCUUAAUCUUUGAAUACUGUGAUGGAAGAAUUGCUCAGAAUUACUUAGCUUUUCAUACUUUGCACAAAGGCAGGGGAACUCCUUUCUGUCAAGACCUAAAGUUCCUCAUUGGCAAUCCAUGAAGGCUCACCUUGGAGGUCAUAACUUUGCAUAGAACUAUUUUUGUCAUUCAUUCCUUUUCCCCCAGCUUUCCAUUCCUUCUUUUCCCUUUGUUCGUCUCUCCUCCCAUUAACACAGGUCAGAACAGGCGACUUGCAGAGUGUUUCCCCUUCAUUUCUGUCCUCUCUCUGAUUUUUAUAGUCUCCCCUUACCCUGGAAUCUCCCUCACUCUGCAAGCAACCUAAAUGCAAUGCUUCUAUCUCCAUGAUUCCCAGAAAGUGGACCUGAGAGUCUGCAGUGUCUGGAGGACUACACAAGAUUAGGAUGGAGGGCUUUUGCAGCCUCAGAUUCCCUGCCAUUAUUAUAUGCAAUAACUCAGACACACUGUUCCACUAGGGCCAGCCAUAGUAAACACAAUAUUUGAAGGGUGAAUUGCAUCCUCAAAAUUAGAGGAACACGUUUUAGGUAGGGUUAGCCACUAUUUGUCUGCAAGGCUACGGAUGUAAUUGAACUUCUGGAUACAUUUUGAGAUAGAUCUAAACUGCAGACUUGAACCCAGGUGCCAAUGUUAUAAUUGAAUCACAUUAGGGAACCUGUGCCUUAACUGCACUUGCUUUAUGAAUGAAAGAGACAAAGUUUAAUCCAUGUCCUCUGCAAGGGAGGUCUAGAAAAAAAUUGUGCCUGAACAUCUUAAGAUUCAUAAUCACUGUAUACAUUGUUGAGCUAGAUGGACCAAUGGAAUAAAGCUACUUUUUCUGUCACUUACAAGUAUUGUGUUCUGAGUUGGUAUGAAAACACUGUCUGUAAUAUUUGGUCUGGAAUAAUUAUAUCACCUAUACAAGAUAAGAUUGGAUGUUUCUGCUUUAUGGAAACUUGUUAUCAGAGAGCUUGUGAUUUAUUACUCUACUGUGAACCCAGCCUGAUGGAUUGAUUUCAAUGAAUGUUGUUAUAUUUUGUCAUCUAGUCGGCUUUAGUUUGUGGCACCCCUAUGAAUGAGAGACCUAUAUGACAUGAAAUCAAAGAAUUGAAUAUUAACAUAUUCUCUGAUUCAUGUUUGUGGAUAAUUUGGCUAAACAAUAAAUGGCAACAUUGUGAUUAUAAAAAGAUGAACUGCAAAGAUUUAAUGGAUAUGGAUCAAGAGGUUGCUUUGAUUGAAAAAAUGUUUCUUGAACUCUGAACAGACUCAUUUUAAGUGCAUUCUGGUGCAUUUCUCCAUUUGCACUCUUGCCUUUCAGAUCAGAUUUGUGAUUUACGAGGGUUGAAUGGAAAGUAAUGCCUCCACCUUUGUUAACUCCUCAACAGAUGGCAGUACUGGCAUGUGGCAGGUACUGGCUUGUUCAGUAGACUCUCCUCUACAGUUCCAUUUUGCGGGAAGCCUUAGCAUUGAACGGUUGUGUUGUUAAAGUGCAAAGUAUGGAACCCUGCGCAGACGGUCGGUGGUAGUUAAAGAGCACAUUCUAAGGAUUAUUUCCGCAUUUGAUUUAUUAAAAUAUUCCCAUCCAAACCCAAGUAACGAAGGUGGAGGCAUUACUUUUCAUUCAGCUCUCGUACUUUUCCCACUUCACACCAGUUGGAGCAGUGCGCACUGGCUAGACAGUUGCUUAGCCUUUCAGCACUCCUGUAGUUUUUAUUGCUCUGGGAGUGGACAUUGGGUCUGAAAGGAAGCCCACUAAUCUCUCUGUUAUGGGACAGACUCCAUCUGGUUUGUAGGUGUAUGUACUUAAGACUGGUGCUGGAUCCACACUGCCAUAUAAUUCAGUUUCAGAAUGCAGGUUAACUGCUUUGAGUGUACACUGCCAUAUCAUUCAGUUCAAUUUACGUAAUCUGCAUUCAGAAACUUGAUUAUAUGGCAGUUUAGAUGGCGCCUGGGAGACCCACCCUCCAGAUCAGCUCACUUGAUGUCUGAAUAUGCUUGAUUUCCUCUUCCUUUCCUUUCAUCUUUUUGCAUCAUGCCUGAUUGCAGAAGUUGCAAGGAGGAAGCAUUUGCAGGAAGUUGGUGAAGACAUUAUUUUUGAGCAAGAUCUGGUUCAGCCUUCUAAAGGCAUCUUUGCUGUGGGAAUGAGCAUUGCCAAAGAAUGGCCAGCAUCAUUUUGGGGUCAUACACAGGCAGUUAGUUGCAGCACACAAGCAGAAUGUUUUUACUGGGCAUUGUGCAAUGCCAUAUUCAGUUAACAGGAACAGAAGCGAAAGUGCGCAUGCAGGACACAUUCAAAUGUACAUUGGAGGGGGUGUUCGUGAUCUACUUUGACCCUUUGCUCAACUCAUAAUAAUGCUUAUGACCCUAUUGCAAAGUGCUCAGAGGCUCAGUGCGGAACAAGUACUGAUACAUCGUGUAUAUGUAUAGCAACUGUGCAAUACCAAUGGGGUAUGACUCAUUUAGUAGCUAUUUGCAGUAUACGAGGGGUAUUUUUUAAGUAAGGUCCGUUGGAACAUAAGUACACAAUGAAAGCUUAUUUCAAAAAAGUAAAUUUAUUUUCAGAAAGUACAUACUUCACUCUAUUUUUUGACAUGGUUGCCAAGUUUGUUCAAACUCUUAUCAUACCUCUGAACCAAUUUUAAAAUACCCUCUUCAUAAAAACUUGCCGCCUCCUCCGAUAACCAAAUUGUCUUUAAUCAAAGAAGGGCGACCAGAGCGGUCCUCAUCAUGGACGUUGUCACGGCCAUCUUUGAAUUGUCGUACUCACUUACGUACUUUGCUUUCACUCAUAACAGUAUCACCGUACACUUCACAAAUCUGUUGAUGAAUUUCUGCAGCAGGCAGGUUCCUUGCUGACAAAAACCGUAUCACUGAGCGAACCUCACAUGCGGAGGGUGAGUUGAUAGUCUUAAACAUUUUUAAAGCACAGAACAGAACCAUACAGGUUAGCUACAGAGCGGAAACUGAGCACAGUUGUUCCCGAGGCAUGCCGGUACACGACACACACACUCGUUGCAGUAUGCGCGCAAACUACUAGUGUCUACAACAAAACGGACCUUACUUAAAAAAUUCCCCUCGUAUUAUGAUGAUGUAGGAUCUUGGCCAAUACAGCCAAAUACUAAGCAUGUCAUUUUCAUUUCUGGCCAACAGCACUGCUGAGGCAUUGAUUAUGUUGGGAAAAAAGUGUGGAAUCAACCCCUGUGUUCCAGUUAAUAUGUAAAGUGCCUUUUAUAUUGUCCGUGCUGCAAACUUGGAAUAUCUCUUGUUUCCAUCAGUUGCUAGUCCCAGUCAGGACAAAGUAUUGAAUCAAUUGUUGAAGGGUAAAUCAGCACUUAAGUGAAUAUCCAGAUUAUGAGGAUGAUUGUUUUUAUCCCACCCCUUUCCCAUCCUGAGACUCAAGCCACCUUAAAACAAUUAAAAGAAACAGCAAAAAAUAAAAAU